AUGAGACACGGAUCCACCACUAUACUCCAGAGACAAAAGAACAAUCCAAACAAUGGACUGAAGCUGGAGGAAGUGCCCCAAAAAAAAAAGGCCAAAGCAAUUCAAUCAGCUGUUAAGGUUGUGGCAACGUUUUUUUGGGUCUUCAAAGGUAUUUUAAUGCUUGACUAUCUGCAAAAGGGUAAAACAAUAAAUUCAGAGUACUAUUGCAACCUUUUGGAUCAAUUAAAUGUGCAAAUUCGAGAAAAACGUCCUGGCUUGCAACACAAAAAAAUAGUUUUUCAUCAAGACAACGCACCAGCGCACAAGAGUGUUUUAACAAUGGCUAAAAUCAACGAAUUAAAGUACGAGUUGCUUGACCACCCAUCAAAUGAAGAUGCAAUUACAGUUGAAAACCACUAUUUUAAUCAAGACAUAGAAUUGCUAGAUAAGCGUUGA